UGGCUUGAGUAAAAAUUAGGUGCUCCAAAAUUGAUUCUUGCAGGAAAGAGUUAAAAGCGAUAGCGUUAAUCCCACUUCUCAAAUUCCGUCCUCUUUCUUCUUCCCCUUCUUCUUUAUUGUCUCCUCUUUUUAAGUUCAAAAAUUUAACUUAGCGGUAUUGGAUUGGGCAUGGAAUGGAUCCAAUAAUACGCUAGUAAAUACUAGAGAGUACAGUAUUACUACGCAAACACAAAGUGAAGCGGCAGAAUAAUUAAAAAAAAAAAGGAGCGGGUUGAAAAUCAGUUAAUUUGGGGUUGUUAGGAGGAGGACUUAUAGCUUCUAAAAUGUCUUCGGUUUCCUCAAACCCCCGAACUGUAGAAGAGAUCUUCAAAGAUUACAGCGCUCGUCGUGCCGGAAUAGUUCGUGCUUUAACAUACGAUGUGGAUGACUUUUAUGGACUUUGCGAUCCAGAGAAGGAAAAUUUGUGCCUGUAUGGUCACCCAAAUGAGACCUGGGAAGUGAAUCUUCCGGCUGAAGAAGUACCUCCAGAGCUUCCAGAGCCUGCACUCGGGAUCAAUUUUGCUAGGGAUGGAAUGAACCGUCGAGAUUGGCUCUCGUUGGUUGCUGUGCACAGCGAUUGUUGGUUGCUCUCUGUGGCUUUCUAUCUUGGUGCUAGGCUUAAUCGAAAUGAAAGGAAGCGUUUAUUCAGCUUAAUCAACGAUCUUCCAACUGUCUUUGAGGUUGUGACAGACAGGAAACCUGCAAAAGAAAAGCCCAGUGUGGAUAGUGGAAGCAGAUCUCGUGGCAGCACAAAGAGAUCAAAUGAUGGUCCGGCUAAAAGCAAUCCAAGAUUGGCAGAUGAAAGUUAUGAAGAGGAUGACGAUGAACACAGCGAAACACUUUGUGGCAGCUGUGGGGGAAAUUAUAAUGCAGAUGAGUUUUGGAUUGGUUGUGACAUUUGUGAGAGGUGGUUCCAUGGGAAGUGUGUGAAAAUUACCCCUGCUAAAGCUGAAAAUAUAAAGCAAUACAAAUGUCCAUCUUGCAGCUUGAAGCGAGGCAGGCAGUAGUUGUCACUACUCAAGGCCAACUCAGGAUCAGUGGUGUUUUGACAAAAGUAGUAUAGAAAUAUCACUUUAUAAUGUCUUUAAUGGACUUAUAUUAUGUUUGUUUGCAAUUUAGGGAACAAAAAGCUUGGCUGCUUCCCUACCAAACCCUUGCUCUGAUGCUUUGUUAUAUAGAAAUCUCUUCAUUUUAAUAGAUAUUCUUACAAUUUCAAUGGUUGGUUUUGUUGUUA